UUUCGCUCUUUUCAUCUGCUCGUUCUUUGUCGGCCUUUUUUUACUGUAAACUCACCUAAUUUUUAGAAUAUAAUGCGGACGACUCGUUGUGGAGAGAGAAAGGGAGACUCUCUGUUUGAUCGUUUCUGAGUUAGAGAGAGAAAAUGGGGUGAUUAGAACGAUGUGCAGCUGGGAGUUUAGCAUCGCGGCUGCGAAUCACUACCUAUCACUGGGUUUCGUUCUUUGGGUAUGAAGAUCUUAUUUUUCAUUUUCCUUCAAUAUAUAAUUUGAAAUUGACUGAAUUGAGGAGUUCCUUUGGCUGGAGAAAUAGUGGAUUGUUGUUCAAUUGAGCAGGUGUGUGAAGGUGCAAGAAGUGAAACAAAAAUCUGGCAAGCUCCACAAGAGUUUUAAUUGGGCAGUUGGAAGAAUUUAAAUACCAGUAAAGUCUGGCCUGGAUCCAAUACUUGGGUUUUUAUUACUGGUGCAAGGACCCAGCCUUUGCAAAGUCCAUACCAGUAGCUUUGUUGUUACUGGCUGGAAUCAUGGCAACCUUAUCGCAUUCUGAAUCCAGGCGAUUGUAUUCUUGGUGGUGGGAUAGCCACAUUAGUCCCAAGAAUUCAAAAUGGCUUCAGGAAAAUCUCACAGAUAUGGAUGCCAAAGUAAAAGCAAUGAUCAAGCUUAUUGAAGAAGAUGCUGAUUCAUUUGCAAGGAGGGCAGAAAUGUACUAUAAAAAACGCCCAGAGCUGAUGACAUUGGUUGAAGAGUUCUAUCGUGCUUACCGUGCAUUAGCAGAGAGGUAUGAUCAUGCAACUGUGGAGCUUCGCCAAGCUCAUCGAACCAUGGCAGAAGCAUUUCCAAACCAAGUACCUUAUGUGCUGGCUGAUGAUUCACCGUCAGGCUCUUCAGGUCCUGUAGGUGAGCCUCACACGCCAGAAAUGCCACAUCCAAUUCGUGCAUUACUCGACCCCAAUGACUUGCAUAAGGAUGCCCUAGGACUCUCUUCAGCCAACCUGCAUGCCAUGAAAAGCAAUGGAGGAUAUUCAGAAGGAUCAGAUUCUGGAAUUAACAGAAGGGGUUUAAAACAGCUCAAUGACUUGUUUGGGUCAGGAGUAACGGUUUCAAAAGUUUUGGAAGAAAAGAUGAAAAAAAGCCCAAACAUCCAUGAAAUGACAGAGGCUGAAACUGAAGUUCAAAACUUGAUGAAAACUCUUUCAGAGAUUCAAGCUGAAAAGGAAGCUGUUCUUCUUCAGUAUCAGCAGAGCUUGCAGAAGUUAUCUAGCCUGGAAAGAGAACUUAAGGAAGCUGGAGGACUUGAUGAACGAGCAAGUAGAGCUGAAAUUGAAGUUAAAAUCCUGAAGGAAACCCUUGUUAAAUUAGAAUCUGAGAGGGAUGUUGGUCUUCUUCAGUACAAUAAAUGUUUGGAAAGAAUAUCUAGCAUGGAGAAUAUGAUCUCUCAAACACAAGAGGAUGCAAAGGGACUUAAUGAGAGAGCAAUUAAAGCAGAAAUAGAAGCUCAAAAUCUCAAGCAAGAACUUUCUGCAUUAGAAACUGACAAGGAAGCAGGUCUUCUUCAGUACAACCACUGUCUUGGAAUGAUAUCAACUUUGGAAAAUAAAAUCUCUCUUGCAGAGGCAAAUGCAAAAAUGCUUAACGAGCAAACUGAAAGAGCAGAAACUGAAGUUAAAGCAUUGAAGGAAGCUCUUGCCAGGUUGAACAAAGAGAAAGAAGCUACGGAACUUCGGUAUGAACAGUGUUUGGAGAGAAUAGCUAAAAUGGAGUGUGAAAUUUCUCAUGCCCAAGAAGAUGCGAAAAGACUCAACAGUGAAAUUCUGAUGGGGGCUGCAAAAUUGAAAGAUGUAGAAGAACAGUAUUUUCUGUUAGAGAGAUCAAAUCAGUCUCUGCAGUUGGAGGCAGAUAAUCUAGCACAGAAGAUAGCAACAAAGGAUCAAGAACUUUUGGAGAAAGAAGAUGAAUUGGAGAAACUUCAGAUUUCACUGCAAUAUGAGCACUCACAGUUUGUUCGAAUUGAAGCUGGUUUGCAAACUUUGCAGAAAUUGCACUCUCAAUCUCAAGAGGAGCAGAGAGCUUUGGCGAAAGAGCUUCAGAUGAAGCUUCAAUUAUUGAAGGACUUGGAGAUAUGUAACAAUGACCUGCAGGAAGAUCUUCAGCGGGUUAAGGAAGAGAACCAGAGUCUCUAUGAAUUGAACAGUUCUUCCAGAAGUUCAAUAAUGAAUUUACAAAAUGAAAUUCUUAGCCUGAAGGAAGUGAAAGAAAAACUGGAACAGGAUCUGGCGCUGCAAGUGGCUCAAAGUAAUUCUCUGCAGGAAGAAAUCCAACAUUUGAAGGAGGAGAUUGAGGGCUUGAAUAGGAGAUAUCAGGAUUUAAUAGAACAAUUGUGCUCAUUAGGUCUGGAUCCUAAGUGCCUGAAUUCAGCUGUCAAGGACUUGCAAGAUGAGAACUUGAAGCUAAAAGAAGUUUGCAAAAAGGACAGAGAUGAAAAAGAAGAUCUCUAUGAGAAGUUGAGGAACAUGAAUGAGCUUCUGGAGAGGAAUGUUGCUUUGGAGAGAUCUCUAUCAGAAUUGAAUAGCAAGUUGCAAGGAUCAGCAGAGAGGGUUAAAGAAUUGCAGGAUUCAUGCCAGUUUCUUCAAGGAGAAAAAUCUAGUCUUGUUGCUGAAAAAGCCAUCCUGCUUUCUCAGCUGCAAACUAUGACUGAGAAUAUGCGAAAGCUCUUGGACAAAGAUGCCGUGCUGGAGAAUUCACUCUCUUGUGCAAAUGUUGAACUUGAAGGUUUAAGGGCAAAGUCAAAAGGUUUGGAAGAAUUUUGUCAGAUGCUCAAAGAUGAGAAAUCCAAUCUUCAGAAUGAAAGAAGCAUCCUGUUGAGUCAGCUGGAAAAUGUUGAACAGAGACUGGGAAACCUAGAAAGGAGGUUUACAAGAUUAGAAGAAAAAUAUAUUGAUCUGGAGAAGGAGAAAGAAUCAACACUCUGUGAAGUAAGAGAAUUGCAGAUUUACCUUGGCAUAGAAAAACAAGAGCGUGCAUGUUAUAUACAGUCUAGUGAGUCCCGAUUGGCAGAUCUGGAGAACCAGGUCCUUCUUCUGAAAGAAGAAAGUAACUUAAGUAAAAAAGAAUUUGAAGAAGAACUAGACAAGGCUGCAAAUGCUCAGUUUGAGAUCUUCAUCUUGCAGAAGUUUAUACAAGAUUUGGAAGAGAAGAAUUUGUCUCUGUUGAUUGAAUGCAAAAAACAUGUUGAGGCAUCCAAAUUGUCGAAUAAACUUAUAUCAGAGUUGGAGACUGAGAAUCUUGAGCAGCAGGUGGAAUUAGAAUUCUUAUUGGACGAAAUUGAAAAGCUGAGAAUGGGAGUUCAUCAAGUGUUCAGGGCCGUUCAAUUUGAUCCAUUCAAUGAGCAUGGAGAUGGGAUUGAAGAAGAGCAGAUUCCACUUCUCCAUAUUUUGGAUAACAUUGAGGACCUAAAAGAUUCUCUCCUAAGAAAUGAGGAUGAAAAGCAACAACUAGUGGUUGAGAACUUAGUGCUCUUAACUUUACUUGGAGAACUAAGAUCAGAGGGUACUGAACUUGAGUCGGAGAAGAAAAUCCUUAAGCAGGAGAUUGACAUGAUGUCGGAGCACUGUUCUCUUCUGCAAAAGGAUAAGCUUGAACUUAUGGAGAUGAACAGGCAACACAAGUUGGAAGUAUGUAAAGGAAAGCAGCAGGAGGAAGUAUUAAAGGCUGAACUAGAAACUCUACAUGCGAAUCUUGCAAGUUUUCAGGGUUCUUACCUGGCAUUGCAAGAAGAAAACUCCAAGGCACUUGGAGAAAACAGAUCUUUACUCAAGAAAAUUUCGGAUCUGAAAGAGGAAAUGCAUAUACUUGAGGAGGAAAACAGUGAAUCUCUCAUGGAAGUACUUACUCUUAGUAACGUAUCAUCAGUUUUCAAGAGCUUUGGGACUGAGAAAGUUGAGGAACUUGAAGCACGUUCUGAAGAUAUCAGCUGUCUCCAUGUGCAUAACAAUGACCUCAAGAAGAAGGUUGAGAUGUUGGGGCAGAAGCUGGAAGCAAAAGAAGCAGAAAGUCUUCAUCUUAAUGAUACAAUUGAGAAGUUGCAACAGGAGCUGCAAGAAGGCAAAGACUUAACUCAUCAAUUGAACUAUCAAAUUUUAAUUGGGCAGGAUUUUCUCAGACAGAAAGCCGCUGAGCUUUUAGAAAUGGAACAGAAGCUUAAGGCUGCUCACAACUUGAAUGCAGAAUUGUGCAGAACUGUUGAGGAACUGAAGAGGGAAUGUGAAGAAUCAAAAAUGGCUAGAGAGAAUAUAGAGAAGCAGUUUCUUGAGCUUUCCAAAGAUAGAAUAUUUCAGAAGAAGGAAAUUGAAUAUCUUAAAGAAGCAAAUGAAAAUCUGGAAUCAGAGGUGAGUAAAUUAUGCAAGGAAGUUGAAGAACGAAGGACUAGAGAAGAGAACUUGAGUUUGGAGUUGCAAGAGAGAAGCAAUGAGUUUGAGCUCUUUGAAGCUGAGGCUUCAUCAUUCUAUUUUGAUCUUCAGAUAUCCUCCACACGAGAGGUUUUGCUUGAAAAUAAAGUUCAUGAAUUGACUGCAGUCUGUGAGAAUCUCGAAGAUGAAAAUGCAACCAAGGAUAUCAAAAUUGAACUUAUGAAAGAAAGAUUUGGCUUCUUGGAAACUGAAAUUGGAGAAAUGAAGGCUCAUUUGUCUGCAUAUGCUCCAGUCAUAGCUUCUCUAAAAGACAACAUAGAAUCUCUUGAGCACAAUGCCCUUCUUUGCACAAGAUUUGUUGCGGCUUCCAAUCAUGGACAGAUGGGUGUGGAAAUGGCUAUUCAACCUCAGGAAAUGAGCAAACAAGAACUCAUAUGUGAUGAAACAGUGCCAGAUGGAAUUUCGGAAUUGCUCAAGAUACAAAAUAGAAUUAAAGCAGUUGAGAAGGCAGUGGUCAAAAAAAUGGAUAGGCAUGUAAUGCAGGAAAGAGAAAACACCAAUGUCAAACUGGUGGAAUCUAGAGGACACAAAGAAGAGAUGGAGCUUGAAAAUGAGCCCAGUAAAGCUGAAACUUCUGAUGUGAAGACUGGGAUUUUGAUGAAAGACAUUCCACUUGAUCAGGUUUCAGACUGUUCAUUGUACAGGAGGAGUAAGAUGGAGAAUUUUGAGACUGAUAAUCAAAUGCUCAAGCUAUGGGAAUCUGCUGAGCAAGACUGUAGCCUUGAUCCAGGGGCUUGUGUCACACAAAAGCAGGUUGCUGCACGGUUAGAGAUUGUCAAUGCACAUCAUCAGUUCAAAGAUGCUAACCAGAAGGGUCAGAAUCCCUCUUUAGAGUUACAGGUUGAGAGGGAAGUGGGCAUUGAUAAGCUAGAGGUGUCUACAAGCAUCAAUAAGGAGCCAAAUCAAGAUGGGAACAGAAGAAGGAUAUUGGAGCGACUUGCUUCUGAUGCUCAGAAAUUAAUGUCUCUUCAAACAACUGUGGCAGAUUUGAAGAACAAACUGGAGAUGAACAAGAGGAGCAAGAAAGCCAAUGAUGCUGAAUUUGAAAGAGUGAAAAGUCAGUUACAAGAAGUUGAGGAGGCUGUCAUGCAGCUGGCUGAUGCUAAUGAUCAACUGAUAAAAGAUAUUGAAGAGAAUCCCUCAUCUUCAGAAGGAAAAACUUCAAUAGCACCAGAAGAGACUGGCAAUGUCCACAGAAAAAGACUGACAGAACAAGCACGGAAAGGAUCUGAGCAGAUUGGACGGCUGCAGUUUGAGGUCCAAGGCAUCCAGUACCUUCUGCUGAAACUGGAGGGUAAAAAUAAAAGCAAAGGUAAACACAGGUUUCCUGGAAGUAGAACAGGCAUCCUCUUGAGGGACUUCAUCUACAACGGUAGCAAGAAAAGUAUCAGAAAGAGGAAGAAGGCUUGUUUCUGUGGAUGUGCAAGACCUUCAACCCAUGAAGAUUGAGGCGACCACUCAAGGAGAAGCCGAUUGAUAUUGUUAGCAAAACUUUACUUGAAACGUUCUUGAUGAUUAAGUGAACAUUUCUUGGAAUAGUUAGUUUGAAUGUCAACCUAGCCUAGCAGAACAGUAAGAAAUAGACUUAUCUAGCAGUAAUAAGCUGUUCCUGUCAGCAUUUUUAAUCUUAUUAGUUCAGUUAAACAAUAUCAAUGCGGUAUAAACUCCUUAAUUAUCCAGUCCAA